GGAGAGGGAGGGAGAUAGAAGCUGGAGGUAGAAGCAGCAGAUCUGCAGCUGGAGUUUGCGGCGGCUCCGAGCAGCCAGUAGGAGGUGCUGGAGGUGCAGGAGGUGGAGGUGCAGGAGCUGGAGGUAGGGGUAGAGGAGGUGGAGGCUGGUGGAGGUAGAGGAGGUUGAGGUAGAGGAGCUGGAGGUAGAGGAGGUAGAGGCUGGUGGAGGUGCAGGAGGUGGAGGAGCUGGUGCUGGAUUUAUUUUGCAGUGAAAGGUCUCUGGCUGGAUCCGGAGGUUACCCGCAGGCGGCUGGUCCAGGCUGGUCCCUGAUCUUCUCCCCAGCUGCAGAGUUUCGGACUGGGUCUGGGUCCGGGAGAGAGGGAGGGGGGUUAACCUGACUCCCGCCGCCGCCGCCGCUCUUCCGGCCAAAGUGUUGGGGGUCAGCGGGCUGUCCCUUCACUGCCCCCCACACUGUCCCCAGCUCAUCCCACCACCCCCCCCCCCCCCUCCUCUGCCAGGAAGACCCUGAGCUCCACCAGCUGGAAGACCUGGGAAGGCCCCCUCUUGCCCCCUCUGGCCGGAUGGACGCUGUUGCCCCCGUGGUGUUGGCGGGGGGAGGCACACACAUUCACUCUGCCCUGGUCAGGUCAUAGCCUCCAGCCCUCGGAGCCUCCAGCAGCCCCUGACCACCCCUCCAAGCGCUGUCCCCUUUCUCCAGCCUUAGCCUGAAAGAUUUCACUUCCCCAAACCCCCAGUCCAAUCCCUCCAACUCCCCAAAGUGGACUGGACGAUCCAAGCUGCUGAUAACUGUGGGGGUAGCUCCUUGACCCCCCCCCCCACCCCCCACUCUGUGGAGCUCGGGAUUUACCCCCCUCCAGGAUGAUGGCCUCAGGUGUGAGGAAGGUUCUGAAGAGCGAGAAGGUGGAUGAAGCCCAGGCACUGGCUCGGAGCUGUGCAGGGAGACCAGACUUUCAGCCCUGCGACAGUCUCUCCAUCUGUGCCACCCACAGCCAUGGCAAGUGCUUCAAGCGGCAUUGGUGCUGUCAUUUAGGAUGGUGUCAUUGUAGAUAUAUUUACCAGCCAAUGACCCAUGUAGAACAUCUACCAAGCACUUCAAUCCCAGUCAGCACAAGCAGCCACGCAGAUACAGUCCAGCUGUCCAUCUCCCUGGUGGGUCAUUUCCUAAAGACUGCUUCUGUUCUCAGAGCUCCGUUCACACCAGACACGCCCAGGUACUGCACUAUAUCCAAACUCUUUGUUGACAGCUAUCGGGUCAAAAGGAUCAAUGGCAAGAUGUGUUAUGUUCAGUGUCAGCCUCAGCCAGCUCCCACUGUGCAAGAGCCAAAGGUUGGAGAUAACUUUAGUCGGGCUACCUCAGCUAGUCCAAAGAAUCCAGCCCCGGCAGACAAGGUACCGGCGCCACAGAUGAACCACUGCUCUUCACCAUCAGCCUCAGAGGACUCAGGCAUUAAUGCAUUGGGGCUGCACUAUCCAGAGUCAUGUGAUGAGGACACAGAGGAGGACGAGGAUGAAGAUGAAUUGAGCUCAGAUGAUGACUCUAGUCCAGAGAGCCAGUGGGAUCAGGAUGAUUGUGGUUUACUUUCCCCUUCCCGAUCCACUGUGGAAAUUAUCGAAAAAAUUGAAACAACUGUCUGAGCUCAAGCUCUAAGAAAGGAAUUCCCUAGCCUCUCCAUCGUUGCCUGAGGAAACAAACUCAACCAGAACUUGCAAACUCCAAGAGAAGUUGGCAAUAUCCUCACUCCAUCACUGUGUUGAAGUAUAGCCAAAAACACAGGAGUUGUUCAAACCUUUUUUCUAUUUAUUCAUUCGUGGGAUAUGCUCAUCACUUUCUCAGAUAUAAAUGGACAAUUAAAAUGUAGUACAGACGGACAGUAGGUCAGUGACUAUUGUGCCUACCCAAAUAGAGACUGUGUGAAAGCCCAAAGGGACCAAAACCUUUCAAAUCCCCAAGCACAAUAUCAAAGCUCACAACAUUUAUCCAGCACCCUGGCAAUGAGAGCCUUCAACUGAAACCAUCACAUGGAAGUACUUUUGACUGCACUGGAUCACUUCCACAAGGCUAAUUAUUUUCCUUGAAGGGGAGGGGGGCUGGUGGGGGUUAGAGAGGGAGGGAGGUGUUGGGUAAGAGAAUGGGCACCAGUAGAUAAUGUAUAGCACAUCAGGAUCACCACCAAGAGGCAUUUACACAAAAAGCACAUUAAAGAAGAAUUUAAAUUCAGCACCUCCUCCUUCACUCAACACAGGAAGAGGUUUCCGACCUGGGGUCUGAAUCUUUUGUUAUAUUAUCAAGUCAGGUGACUCCUUCACCUCAAUAAAUCUGUGGAUAUAUUGCUGAAUGCAUUACGUAACUCAUAAAUUACAUUACCUCCUGCAUGCAAAUGUGCUUUCAAUUCUGAGUUGCCCAUGUGAAGUAUUUACUGUGAUUAUCACAAUGUUAAAAGAAUUACUUUUACUGAGGGUUACACAUUAUUAGAAUAGAUACCUUCAUGUUCCGUUAUCUGACUUGCUCUAUGCUAUUUCACAUUUCAGUAGAAGAAAAAUGUUAAAAUAAAUUAGUGGAUUGGGAUUUCCAGGAGUCACAUUAAGUCCUCCUACGACCGGAAGCUUCAGCCUGAGUGUACCCGUAAUUUCAGACGGAAGAUUGUAUAGAAUUAAGGAGAGUUUUAUGGGGAUGUAAAAUUAACAUUGACCUCCCACCAAUUGUUUUCUCAGUUCUGUUAUUUGAACCUGUAUACGUUUUAGGUUCAGUUACAGGUGAAUGGGUUUUGUGGGGAAUUAAAUGCACUUAGAACAUUUCAGUAAAGAUUGUGGCAAACGUUUCUAAUUUUCUUUCAAACCUCUUCAAAAUGCCUGAUUGGUCACUGGCUUUUACAAUGUCCUCUGUCCACUCGAGAUCAAUGGUCAAACCUGUACCCAAGCCACUAAUACAGGGUAGCAAUAAAUGUACCAAAUAAUAGAAGGUAAACAUGUACAUCAGACUCACAGAAUUGUCCUCCCAAAGAAACAUGUGGUUCAGAUGAAUAACGAACCCAAGUACUCAUUACGCGGCUAAGCAUAACACUGGCAACAUUUCCAUUCACUAAUCUUAGCUUCUCUUAAUUUCCUUGUGGGCCCACUAGGCGGUGUGACACAAGAGGAUGUGCUCAAGACGCUCCCACACACACCACCGCCCCCCCCACCCCAGCCUCCCUUUAUAAAUUUCAAGUGGAGAGCCUAACACAUAGCAAACAAAUUUGUGCAAGAAAUGUGCUUAUUCGCUUGGUGUGUUGCAUCAACCAUGUACAGCACUGCAAUAGUUAGGUGCGCCAUACUGCAAUUGAACAUUAAAAAUAGAUUCAUUGUUUCAGAUUACAUCCCACCGACUUUGAUUCCCGUUACAAAAACAGAAUUACCUAGAAAAACUCAGCAGGUCUGGCAGCAUCGGCGAUUCCCGUUACACUGCACAAUUGCAGCACAUUAGCGAUGCAGCUAUGCAUAGUUCAACCUUACGCAUAUAUUCACUUUGUCAAGGUGAGGAAAGUUCCGGUUUCAAUGCACAAGUAUUACCACGCCAGACAAUGUAUAUGUUGUGUAUAUGUGGCUAUCUGGCUUCACCCAUUCCUGUCAGAAGCUGAGAUAUUCCUGCUUUAAUGUUGUAGCAUGAAACAAGUACCUUCAACAUCCAUACCCUAGAAUUAUAAUGUUAGCACAAGAAGAUAAAGCCAUAAAAAGCAUCUUGGUUCAGUGGGGUUAAAGAGUAACAAUAACUUUAUACAAGGCAAUGGCCAGGUCAGAAUUGGAGCCUUGUAUACGGUUUUGGGGACCCAAUACAGAAAGGGCAUUCAAGUCAUAGAGAGUGUACGAUGUACAUUGUAGAUAAGGAAGAUGUGAAGGAAAAUAGACUAUAAUUAUGUGGGGAAACUUGAAAUACUGGGAUUCCACUGGAGCAGAAACACUGAGAAGAUUUAAUGGAGAUUUUUCAAAUUAGGGAAGAUUUAAUUGGGUGAAUAAAGAAAGACAAUCCUCUGGAUAGGAGUCAGUGCUGAGGGAUUACUCGGUCGUGAGGCAAUCCCUGGGUUAAGGAAGGGGAAAUGAACUGGGGUUUUCCCUAUUGAUCAGUAUAAAGUGGUAACUGCGGGAAGCACAGUUCUCUGACUGUCACGCGAAGGUAAGAUCAGCUUUGCUAUCCUUAACAAUUGGACUGCCUGCCAACGCUCAAUAUCUUGGCUUAAACAAGAAGAAUGGCUGCAUGGAUGAAGGAGCAGAAGGUUACCCAUUACCUCAGCAAGUCAGUGCCUUUGGGGGAGUAGAGGGAGGACAUUUUGAGGAGGAAAAAGGAAAGGAAGUUGGAUUGAAAACAGGAAAAUAACUAGUAUAGUGGACCAGUCUUGGAAUCAGUGACUAUGGAAAUCUUAUACAAUUUCAGUGGUGAAAAUGAAAUUUGAGUAUGCAUUGCCAAUUUAUAUGUCCAAGAUCACUCAUCUUCACAGUUAAGAAUUAUUAUCCAGUUUUUAAGCUUACAUUUUUUCAUUACUGGCACUUUGACCAAUCACUUUCUAGCUAUAACAAAAACAGAAUUACCUGGAAAAACUCAGCAGGUCUGGCAGCACUGGCAGUGCUGCCAGACCUGCUGAGUUUUUCCAGGUAAUUCUGUUUUUGUUUUGGAUUUCCAGCAUCCGCAGUUUUUUGUUUUUACUUUCUAGCCAUCAUGGUAGCGAAAUGGCUGCUCUCUGUUCCGUUAGCAUCCUGUGAUUCUAUGAGUUUCACAUGCCUGCCUGAUAAAGGGUCUACCAAUUUUGGUUUAUUAACAGUCGUGUUUAGCUACAAAUGGGAGAAAUGUUGAGUUAACCUGAAUUUGGCUUUUCAGAAAAUUCUGAAAGUGAACUGAAAUUCUUUGAUUGAACAAACAAUACUGGCCUUUUACCAACAGUCACCUCACCACCAUCUGUUAUCAUUCAAGUUUCACUGUCAAAUACAUUUGAAAAAAGUGUGACUCCCUUCUAUUGCAAUAUGCAAACCCCACAACAAUCGCCUACAUCACCUUCUAUUGCAAUAUGCAAACCCCGCUAUUGAUUUCCACAACAAUCGCCUACAUCAUUUUCAGAAUGGCAGAUGCCAAGAAGAGAAUCAUUUUUAGCUUGUACCCAAUAGUCAGGACCAAACAAAUACAUGGCAGCAUUACAGAAGUUCUGGGCAAAUUUUACUGCUAAUUUAAAAGUUGCUGAACUUCAGAAGUGCUGGUGAAGUGUGUAUUAUUUAUUGGAUGGGUCUGCAGCUGGAAAUAGUUUGUGAGUAUUUACACUUGCGAUCUUCACUGCUGUUAGAAGAUUUUUGUUCUCGCAUACUGUGGCUUGCUCUGUACGUUAUUAACCCACAUACCCUGUUUAUUUCCAAUAAAAACAUUCCUUUAACUCUUU